UAAAUGGAGUGCACGUCUCUUUAAUUUUCUUUCCUUGCCCCAACUCCAAUAAAAUAAAUAAGUAAUAUAUUUAAUACAUCUGCAUGAAUUAUGGAAAGCAAUAGUUGCAACAAGUCAUUCUGCAGCAACUACAUGCUGCUAAAGCCAGAAGAAUGUAGUGCAUUAGAUUUGGCAAGAAUACUGUUUUCCAGUAAAAAUAUGGGACAAAAUAAAUUCCUAGACUGCCCUCAUGGACAAAUGACUAAGGUGUUCUUUCCACAUAGAUGGAUUAUUUUCAUUUCCAUUCUAGUCCAGAAGAUUUUCCUUGCAGUUGCUAAACCUUUGGCAAAGUUGGGCAAUGCGAUUGAGUACUGGCUUAACCUUCUAAACGUUAACGGUGGAUUACUCCGUCUUAUUUUCAACUUCUUACGAGGUAAAGUUGUUGUAGUACCGGAUAAGAAAUCAGCGGUCUUUUUGUCAUUUGUUGGUAAUUUGGAUAAAAGAGUUGAGCUGGAUAUUAAGAGUGUUGAAGCUGGAAGUAGAAGAUACGAUGAGGCAAUAACCAUGAUGGCUGCUAAAGCAGCUUAUGAGAACAAAGCAUUUAUUCAAACUACUGUCAAGGAUCACUGGAAGAUGGAUCUCGUGGACUCCUAUGAUUUCUGGAAUGAUUAUCAACAAAAAGCUACAACACAAGCAUUCGUUCUUAAAGAUAAAAAUGUGGACCCCGAGCUGAUUAUUGUAGCAUUUAGAGGGACAGAAUCCUUCAGUUCUGACGAUUGGAUAUCGGAUUUUGAUGUCUCUUGGUACGAGAUUACUGGCAUGGGCAAAGUCCAUGCUGGAUUUAUGAAAGCUCUGGGGUUACAAAAGAGCCGCGGAUGGCCUAAAGAUAUUGAACGAACUGAUUAUAAUCAGCCAUCUCCAGCCUACUAUUUCCUAAGAAAAUUACUCAAACAACUUUUGGAGAAAAAUGAAAAGGCAAGGUUUGUGGUUACUGGUCACAGCUUAGGUGGAGCACUUGCAAUUUUAUUUCCAGCAAUAUUGGCAUUCCAUGAGGAAUCUUGGUUGCUGAAAAGACUAGAGGGCGUUUAUACAUUUGGUCAACCAAGAGUUGGAGAUGAAUUUUUCGUUGAAUAUAUGAAGGGAAAAUUAGCAAAACAUGAGGUUCCAUACUAUAGGGUUGUCUACUGCAAUGACAUGGUACCAAGAUUGCCAUAUGAUAAUUCUACUUUCAUGUUCAAGCACUUCGGAACUUGCAUCUAUUACAAUAGCCUUUACAAAGAAAAAAUUUUAGAUGAAGAACCAAACAAGAAUGGCUGGUCUCUGUUAUUAUUUAUACCAAAGAUGUUAAAUGCUGCUUGGGAGCUCAUCAGAAGCUUUAUUCUACCUCUUCCAUGUUUUGGAGGAAGAAAGUAUAAGGAAGGUGGGCUUCUUUUUAUUGUGAGAGUGAUAGGCCUGCUACUUCCAGGUGCACCUGCUCAUUGUCCUCAGGAUUAUGUCAAUGCUACCAGGCUUGGAUCAUCUGAUCAUUCUUAUGCCAGUACUCAAAAUGUCACAAAGUAUCAAAAGAUUGGCAUAACCCCAGCAUAAUUAUGAAUUUAUUAGUGUGUACGUGCCUUUUAGAUUUAUAACAACAGUCAGGGCCGGAUCUACAGUGUCGGAACCCCAUCCUUUACCCAAGUUCCCAUAAAUAUAUUAAAAAUUAGAAAAAGUCAAUAAAAUUCUUUUGUUGACAGUGUUUACACUAACUGAAGGUUGGCUUGAUGACAUAGAAGAGACUCUUGAAUUGUUGUUUCUGUUUUCUUGUGAACAUGGAAUCAAUUCCUAA